AUCAGCAAAGGUCCCAGAUUUACCUGCGUGUUCCUGGCCACCGUGGUAGUGCCCACCGUCCACUUCUCCACCACCAGACUCAACUUUGGAUCCUGCUUCAUCUGCAGUGCUGGGAUGCUCCCUGCUCAUCAGACCCUUGUCAUCACAAACAAGGCAGACAAGGAUAUGAGUUUGAGCUGCUUGUUCACGAACACGGCGCACCUGGAGGUCAACUUCCCACCACGUGUCCUUCACCCAGGAGGGACAGUGAAAGUGCCCAUCACUUUCUAUCCGAGAGAGGUUGCAUCUUAUCGUGAGAUCAUCCCGUUUGAAAUCAACGGUCUUUGCCAGCAGACCGUUGAGGUCCAAGGAAGAGGCGUAGAAAUGAAGGUUGAUGUUGUGGAUCCACAAGGGAAGGUGGUGGAGCUGGGAGCCCUCUCCAUCGGACAGAUGGUGAAGAAGAUCAUCACCAUAGCAAACAACAGCGCUGCACCUGUCACUUUCAGUCUCAGCCUCAGGUCCACCAUCCCAGAGCUGCAAGAAGCUGGGGUUCUCUGCUUGAACCCUACCAAAAAACUAAGUCUGAACCCCAAAGGAGAUACCUGUAAAGUGGAGGUGACCUUCUCUCCAAAGUGCCGCCUCCAGCCGUUCACUGGAGAAGUGAUGUUGGAGUGCAACGGCCUGGUGCGCUCCCUUUUCAUGGUGCGGGGCUCCUGCCAGGGCAUCCACGUCAGUUUGGACCAGGAACACCUCAGCUUCGGAGCGGUGAUGCAGCAGAGCUCCAGGUCGCAGCGCAUCCUCAUGCAGAACACGGGCGACAUAGGAUGGGACAUUAAGAGCUUCAAGCUAGAUUUCUCCAUCAGCCCCGCAAAGGGUUACAUCUCCCCGGGAAAGGAUGUCCCCUUCAUCAUGACCUUCCACCCCUCUACGUUGAGCCACGCUAUCCUGUACGAGGGCCUGCAGUGCUUCAUCCAGGGCAGUGAGCCGCUCCGGCUUACGCUGGCAGGAUGCUGCAUGGAGACCCCUGUGACCAAAGAGACACUGACUUUCACAUGCAACGUGCGUGAGGAGCAGAGCCAGACCAUCCUCCUGUCCAACCCAAACAACGAGACCUGGACUGUGAAACCUGUCAUUGAGGGGGAAUACUGGAAGGGGCCUGAAUUUUUCCAUCUGGAGGCCAAUCAACAAAAGCCCUACGAGAUCACUUACAAGCCCCUGACCAUGACCUCUGAGAAAAAGAAACAUCAG